UCGUGGCAUUCGGAAGCAUCUAAGGUCGGGCAUCUCGGGAAUGCAAUCAACGUGUGACGAUCGGUGAAAUUGAUGGAAUUAUUCGGUGUUGUCGAGGAGUGCAAUGUUGCGGUCAGUGUGAUCUCACAGUGGAUGGUGUGCAAUUUGAGCCAACAGAAUCUGCGAAGAUUAAUGUGUUGAUUAAUGUUCCUCGCAUUGCGCUGCUGUUGCGACUCAGAAAGUAUUAGAUCAGAUCACCGUCGGAUUUUGUGACAGAAUGUUAUGUUGAUCAACAUUGUACACGGUGUACAAUUUUGGCUAUUUCAAAAGUCGAGAGUAGAGCUAUUUUUAGCCACCGCAAUAAAGAGCACGAAACGUCGCGAUAUUUGACGGGUGAAUUUCUGGCCGCGCACGGCUACAGCAUGUGAAAAUGUAAACAGUGUUCGGCGAAGCAUUUUAGUCGGAGUGAAAUUCUAGAACGUGUCACCUGGAACGGAAAGGUGAUCAUCAGCUCGUGCAUCUAACAGGCGCAUCAUAUGCUAUUACAUCGUGCUUUGGUGUGUUUCAACGAUUUCGGUGAAAAUUAGUGAUUAGUUGAUUGCGGGAAAAAGUAUUGGUAGGCAAUAAUUAGGUUACCAACUGUAGGAUUUGUUACCCAAAUCGAGUUAGCAUGCUGCAGCAUCCGAGUAGUGAUUAUUAUGAGCUAUCGGCGGCCAGCAAACAAACGCCCCCAAAUUUUAGUCCACAGGGUGCCGUGUUGGCGACGAUGGCUGGUGGCGGUAGCGGGAGCGGUGCUGGCGUUGGUGGGUUGAAUAAUAACAACAACAACAACAAUAACAACAACGAUAAUGAUCUGGAUUUGAUGGGCCAGAAUGGAGACCGGGAAUCAAUGCCCAGUUUUGGAUUUACUCAGGAGCAGGUUGCGUGUGUUUGUGAGGUUUUACAACAGGCAGGAAACAUCGAACGGCUGGGCCGAUUUUUGUGGUCACUGCCUCAGUGCGACAAACUGCAGCUGAACGAAUCCGUGCUCAAGGCCAAAGCCGUGGUGGCGUUUCACCGGGGGAAUUUCAAAGAACUGUACCGAUUACUCGAGCACCAUCAGUACGCUCCCCACAACCACGCCAAACUGCAAGCCUUGUGGCUGAAAGCUCACUACGUAGAAGCAGAAAAACUCCGGGGGCGGCCACUAGGAGCCGUCGGCAAGUACCGCGUCCGGCGUAAGUUCCCUCUGCCCCGAACGAUAUGGGACGGAGAGGAAACUAGCUACUGUUUUAAGGAAAAAUCAAGAUCGGUUCUGCGAGAUUGGUACACGCAUAAUCCGUAUCCUUCACCGAGAGAGAAACGGGAACUGGCCGAGGCUACCGGAUUAACUACCACCCAGGUCUCCAAUUGGUUCAAGAAUCGACGUCAGCGGGACCGAGCAGCGGAGCACAAAGACACUGGCGAAUCCGACAAACAGCACCUGGACUCCUCGAGCGAUUCGGAUAUGGACGGUCCAAGUUUGGGCAUGCCAGGUUCAAACAGCGGAUCUCAGCAUGGAAUGGCCGGUAGUGCGUCGCAAGCGAUGCAUCUGGGUCCAGGAAUGCAAAGCGGCGGCCUCUCGGGAAGCAGUGGACCUCUUUCGAGUUCAUCCGGCCAGGUGGGCAAUCCUAGCGGACUCGGUGGUCUUGGUUUAGGUGAUCAUCAACCGCAGCCACUGUCGACGAGAAACAGUAACUUGAUGAAUAUCCCGGCCGGUAACAACAAAGCACUCGGGCAACUGUCGUCCAGUUCGCUAACGGCGGCCUACUCACACCUGUGGGAUCGGAGUAACGUAAUGGGGUCGAUGCCGAUCUACGAUAUCGGAGAGUAUCAGCAUUUAUGAUUUUGAGUAGCAGAAAACAACUGAGGGGGCUAGUUGUGUGAUUUUGUGUGUGCGACUCUGACGAAUUUUGGCGUGAAAAAUGAAGUCUUGGUCAAUGCCGGAGCGGGGUAACAGUACUAUUAGUGAUAUUUGCUACGUACGAUCAAUGUUAGCACAAGAACUUUCUGAACUGUCAAGGAAUAGGCUUAUAAAAGGCUUUAUCUCGUAUAAUAUAACUUUUUUCCGAGUUUGUUUAUUUUGUUAGGGGAUGUGUAAUUCAAACUAAAAGCCAUUCACUUUUCAUUUGCACGUAAGAAAUGGUUGGAAAGUACUGAAAUAUGUCGAAUUCAUUGAUAGAGAAUAUGAACAAAGAGAAACUGUCAUUUUUACUUUGAAGCUAUCGAGCUAUGCUAAAGCUUUACACUUUAAGACAAUUUUCAUUUGACUACAACAAGAUAUAAAACUGUCCAUUAGAAGUAUAAAUCAGUAGAAGAAUCAAAAUGAAACUAAUCUGAAAAUUGUUCUGUUCAAACGAAACAUAAGAUCCUUUACCAAAGUGAAGUCUUAUUUCUCCAGGAGAGAUUAUAUCGUUCAUCAUUUCAUUUCUUAUACUUCAAAUACUCAGAACCUAGUUAGGGCAUUCGUUAUUGCAGAUAUAUCAUUUUGAGAUGUUUUUUUUUUUAGAAAACUGCAAUACUACUACGAGAUAGAUCUUUUGUCGGCAGUCGGUGAAAUUUUGGAAAACAAAAAAAAAGAAUUAUAAAAUGUACGACGUCCGGUGUAUUUAUUUGAUACGAUGGCUUUUUAAUCAGUAUGUAGAUCUUUUCAACAUAGAUCAGUGGGGCAAUGUGACAUAUCACACAAAUAUGCAAAUGUUAAAAAGGGAUGUGAUUGAUUAGUAUCUAUUGUUUAUAACUGCGUUUGGCAUGAUGAAGUAUAUAACUUCAAAAUUUAGAUGUUGGAAAAUCACUUUCCAUGUAGUAUAAAUAGACGGUAGAAUGCAAGCCCCUUGGAAAAAAUGUGAUUUAGGUGCGAAAAUCGGAGAAAUACUUCAAGUGCAAAACUCGGAUCCGAGCUUAAUCUUACAGCAGAAGUCGUAAUAUAGAUAUGUUGGUACGUUUUUUUAUAUAGAACAUUCUUGUAAAACGAUUCUUGUUUCUAACCGUUCUAAUGAACAGUCACUUUUCAGAUUCAACUAUUAGCCACAGUAGACAACGGUAAAACCUGUUUCACCAGGCUUGAUUGAUUCUUUUGGGGUCCUUAGUUAAAAAUGUGUUAUUAUGUCUAAAUGCUCUUUAAGGUUUUACUUACAAUAUUAGGAAAAUACAACCGUUGUUUAAAAACUCAAAAUCAAUUUUCUUUGCUAUCGCUAGAUAAAUCUUCAUGAAAAAACAUCCUGUUUUUCCUAACUAAAUAAACUGAUAUAUCUUUUUUGAGUUUGUGUUCCAUGACAGCGGAUGACUGUGACAAUGACUGCUUGCCGAGGAAUGUAGAUUGCCCCUUAAACUUCUUAAAGGUAAUAUAACAAUUACAAAGAACAUUGGUUUGAUUUGUAGCAGACCGUUCCUCGACAGGGAUCGGGCGUAGCGUUAUAGGUAAGACUAAUGUCUUUCGUUCAGUCUACCUGUCUACAAUUACCUACCGCGCCUAAAGGAUCGUGGAGGUUUUCCUACUUGAAUAACCAUGAAGUUGAAACCUCUAUAAUCGAAAUAUAAAGUCCCUUCUAUAGAUCACUUCAAUCAAUGUAGUAUUUUAAAGCAUAUGCUGCAACUAAUAAUAUGAACAACUGACAAACAAAUACACUAAGCGGAUUAUUACACAAGAUAUAUGUGUCAUGUAAAAUCUAUUGCAAACUUGUAUCAAAAUCUUUGUUAUAAUCCGAGUCGCGCAAAGAGUGAAGUUGAAAGCAUCACUUGAACCGAAUCAAACGAACAAGCCAAAUAAACAUUCAGCAAUUGUUUCUUGAUUUUAGUUGAAUUUCUUACCUGCGAGCACAUUUUUUAGAUCAGCGAAUUGCCAAUAGUAACUGGGGGUUAGAUCCAGACUACACGGUGGAUGAAAAGACAAUUCGAAAUGGAUUUCGUUCAAUUUAACCAUCGUUGCCAUCGACUUACGAAUCGGUGCAUUGUCUUGGUAAAAGUGUUUUAUUUGACAUAUGAGGUCGAUUUUUGCAUUCAAACGAUCUAACAACGAUAUAAAGUAUUCGCUGGUGACCAUUUUCGCUAUCUCAAUAUAGUCGAUGAAGAUUAUAGUUUGUGCACCUCGAAAUACUGCGGCCAACACCUUCUCAGCUGAGUGUGAUUGAGUGCUUGGACGCUUUCGCCGGCUGCAGUUCACUCAGAUGAUCGUUUUAUUUCUAAAGUGAUGUGAUUGAUCCAUGUUUCAUCCAUUGUCACAUAUAAACGCAAAAAAACUCAUUUUUGGUCGAUUGUGAGUAAACGUGGCACCCACUUUGAAAGGAGCUUUCUCUUGGUCAAAUGUUUAUGCAUAAUUGUAAACACGCUAUCAUCAUUACAGCCUCAGCUAUCUCACGCAAUUUCAAUUUACGAAGGGAUAUAACCAAUUUGUGGAUUUUUUUUUAUUUUUCUGGAGUAACCACCUCAGUUGGACGACCAGAAAAUAGUUCUUUCCGAUGAAGCAUAGUCCGGAUAACACUUUUGAAGCCAUUGCUGAGCUUGAGCAGCAUUUUUUCAUCAAUUUCACUUAAAUGGUAGUCACCUUUUUCUGACUUAUCGGAAUGUCAUGAAAUUUCACACACAGUCUCUUGACUCCACAAACGUCAUAUACAUUAGAAAACGAUAGCGUCACCUGUGUGUCAGUCACACGGUUUAUUGAGUGAUGUGUUAUAUAUUUCAACGUAUUAGAUCUCGACUACAUGAAAUAAAUUAAUGUUUCAAAAUCACAGUUCUUAAAGCUGUGUACCGGUAAAUUGAUAUUGUCGAUUUACCGAUUUCGGUAAACUGGUCGAUUGCUGUUAAAAAGGCAAUUUGGAAAAAAUGUAUAUCGGCAUAAUACAACGAAUUGCUGAAAAUCCGGGAUAACAACAUUCCGCGAAGCACACUUUUUAGUGAAAUUUUUGACAGUUCGUACCCGGUACUUUCUAACAUGACUCGCCGUUUGGUGGAGCGCGAGAGUAAUUGCCAUUGUUAUCAUUUCGAGCAAAGUGUGCAAUGAGUAGAACAAAAUCAAAUGUCACUUAUUUUGCUACCGUUUGACGAGUUGUUGGGUUAAAAUAUGAAAACUGUGUAAAAUUUGUCGAAGAAAAUUUCCAUUCGGAACGUUAUUUAAAUUUCCGAAGCAAAUAGAGAGUAAUCAAAUCACAGACUAACAGACAGGAUCAGUGCGGUAAAAUUUCAUUUUCAAUCGAAUAAUAUAAGAUGAAAAUGAAAUUUAUGGCCGCUGACAGUCAGCAUAUCCCAACUAAUUUAUUUGACUUUUGCUGCCAUUUUCAAGUGAAACUCCCAGAAUUCAUCGUCAGUUGAUUAAUCGUACCUAGUCAUUUGAAGUUUUGUGUGCUCAGUUUCGAGUGCCAAGUGGUCUACCUGCUUCAAUGCCUUCGCUCUUGGUAGUAAGCGAAUUCGAACGAAUAGAAUUAUAAAUGGAGUAAAGUAUUAAAAAUGAAAACUAAAGAAGGAAACAAUUAAUUUAUGUGUAUUCUGUGAUUGAUAUUUCAGCUAUCUGGUUUGUCUUUCAUCUAUUAUCUUGAACCAAUUCGAAUGUUUACAUGAACCUCAUUUGAAGGCCGCUCCCACACUAUUGAAAGAGAUAUUUUGACAUUCCAAGAGAUCAACUGACGGUGGUUAAACUGAGCCUCGAUUGAAGAGAAACGAGUAAUGAAUUGAAUGCUGCCGUCCGAGCCGUCAGCAAACAUUGUGUGUGUCAGAGAGUGAAGCUUACUGCAUUAGAGAGAUCGUCAAUGUGCUCCACAUUCAGUUUCAAUUGAAUUGAAUGAAGUUUUACAGCACUGGACAGGAUACUCAAAUUAGAUUCUUCAAUCAUUUCAACGGUCAUUUCGAAUAUUCCUUUAGUUGGGACAGUACUCAUAUGUGUCAUGAUGGCGCUACGUUACCCUAUCAAAAACAUCCUGUCUGUCAUCUAGACUGUGUUUUUUUUUCAUUUACCAACAGAGUUGCCAUUCAUACAGAAUUACCUGUAAUGUAUUGGUUUGUAUACGUCCAUGCGAAUUUUAUGCAGGAUACAGAUUUAAUAAAUAUUGCCAAAACUAUAUACAUAAUUGUGCCUACUUCUCAUCCUCCAACGCAAUACAAAAUCGAACCCGUUUUGUUUCAAUAUUUACUUGCUUCUGGUCUGCCACCACUUAAUUUCGGGUGAAAACUACCAACACAAUAAAAAAUAGUCUAGAUGAACAACGUUGAGUCAAAUAAAUGGUUACCUUCCAACAUCGCGAAAAAGUUAAAAUAUUAUAAAAUAUAUUAUAUAUAUAUUAUAUAUUAUAUUAUAUUAUAUCUUGUAUGGCAAGAAUUCGACAGAAACAGAACCGUUAAUAACCGCUAGGCGAAAUUCUCUGUCGGAAACGGUUGUUGCGUUGUUGCCAGACUUUUGCCGGAAUUCUGGCAGAAUUUCGACAAAAAUGGCAGGCAGACAUAGCCAGCCGUCUGGGGGGAAAUCUGACCGCCGCGUACAAGUGGGUUUUAUGUGCAUCUAUUAAGAUGUAAAUUUUUCUAAGUGUGCUCCUCCAACGAAAGAAUCAUGUAAAAUUGCAUUCAAAAGCAUGUAAACAAAAAUCAUUUACAGUCUAUUCAGCUGACUUCAACUGCGAAAUAGACUCGAAACCUAAAUUUACAUGUCAAUGUAAUAUUUUAUUUUCAUCCAAGGAAAUACGGUUGAAUUAACGUCAUGUCGAAAAACUGAUACGUUAUUUACAAAUUUGAUCCCAAAUUGAAUUGAGAAUUCUUCACAUGUUAUCUAAUUUUAUGGAUUGAAUGGCGGGACAGGUUUCAAAUAUUGCCUAAAAGUUCUAUUACUAUAAACUGCUCUGCUAUCAUGAUAUUCGCUCAAAGUAUGGAAUGACAAUCGAAGUAUUCGUUCCGAAUUUCCGCUUCGACAUAAAACAAAUCGCUCUUAACAUGUGAACAAAAUUUAUAGUGCGAUAAUCCCUCGCUAAUGCUACAAAACAUAACACUCAUUACUCGAAUUUUACAUACUGAAAUUAAGCACACUCGGGUCAAAAUAAAGAAAUACAACAUAUUCUACAUGCUUUCGUAGAUUGGAUUAUAGAGCAAAGCAAGGAGUAUUUAUUUUUGUAACACUUGAAAAUACCAGAGUUUACAUUUUUAUUACAAUUUUGGGAUUAAAAUGUUUUAUUGAUUGUUUAAACGAGUACAGGUACAUUUUCAUUUCUAACUGUCACAAAUACUAAGGACCUAAAGUCUCACCAAUUUCAUAUAGUUUUCUAAGGACGCCCAAAGAAGCCAACAGAAAUAGGUAUUGAACUUGAAACAAUUUGCUUUGUAUGAAUUUUAGACAGUUUAAUCUACACACAUCCAGAAUAAAAGUACUUUUUGCCGGUUUUGUUUUAGUGCUGACGUAAAAAUUUACACUAGUUCCCAUGUAACUGCAAUCUCAUAGGUUAGGUUUAUCGGCGGAAACGAUGAAUUUAGUUCAGUAAACUAUUGUACUCUGAUUUCUUUAGAGCUUAGGAGUUAGUUUUCAUAGGUAUAUUUUAAUUAUUAUCACCGGUUCCGAAACCAUUAGACAAAAAAAAACUAGCCUGUAUCUUUUAUUGAAAUGUGAAAUGCAAUAACUAAUCAAAAAAUCACUUAUCUCAUUAUAUACU